AUGGUCAAAUCUGCCUCACCUCGACCUGAUAACGUCUCAAUAUCAGGCGAAUCGCGCGCUUGUUCCUACGAUGGCAAAUUUGAACACUCGGCCAUGUACUUGGAGCCAGCAGAGGAAAAAUUAGGCUUAGUGCGAAACGCCUCCAACACUUCGGCCUUCAUUAACAUCGUUUGCGUCGUGGCAGGUAGCGGCACGCUCGGUAUUCCAUAUGCUCUCCGGCAAUCCGGUUGGAUAGGAUUAUUUCUAUUGAUGCUGAGUGCGGUAAUGUCCAACUAUGCUGGAGCCUUGUUGAUCAAAUGCCUUUAUUAUGAUCCCAAACGGCGACUUUCAGGUUUCCCAGAAAUCGGCUAUGAGGCGUUUGGAAAAGCAGGUCGUGCACUAGUCCUCGCUUUCAAUUAUACACUCCUAUUGACAACUCCAGUGCUGUACCUCAUUUUGGCCGGCGAUAACCUUGCCGCGCUCAUGCAGCCCUUGAAUGUACCAAUUACAAUGAAGGCUUGGGUCUGGAUUUUGACUGUCGCUGUAUGUAUCCCAUUUAUUGUGGUGAAAAAUAUGAAAGAAGUAGCUGUCAUGAGUUUCUUUGGAAGUCUCGCCACAGUUUGCGUUGUCAUUGUAGUAGCUGUCAUGUCGGUGGCAGAUUUUGAACAAACUCGCAUGGAUCACCAGCAUGACAUUGCAAGACCGAGGUAUUUCCCGAUCGCUCUCUGCAUGUUUGCUUUCUCAUACGGUGGAAACGUCAUUUAUCCCCAAGUCGAAGAAUCCAUGAGAGAUCCUAAGAGCUGGAACAAGGUCUUGCUGGCCGCAAAUUUUCUCAUCACCUCCAUGUACAUUCUGACAGGUGUACCAUGCUACCUAGUCUACGGAAAUACAGUGAAAUCCCCCGUAUACGCUAGCAUUCCAUCUGGAGCUCCUCAAAACAUCGCCAUGGUGGUCAUCACCAUUCACGUUCUCCUCGCAAUUCCCAUCUAUCUAUUUUCAUUCACCAUGGAGAUCGAACGAAUGCUGGGCAUAACACAAGCAAACGAACGAUUUUCCAAACUAACGUGGCUUACAUUUCGCACUAUACUGCGCAUAGCUGAGCUGUGUUUUUGCGCUACCAUUGCCAUCAUCAUUCCUUUCUUCGGAGACUUCAUGGCUCUAUUGGGUGCAUUGGCCUCGGGGUUCCUUCUUCUCGUGUUUCCCUGUCUGUUCUACGUGAAACUGUUUGGGCUUGCACGCAUAGGAUGGGUUAAUUUUGUAGCUUGUAUAUGUAUUUGUAUUAUUGGUGUCCUUUGUGCCGCUAUAGGAACAGUUGAUGCCAUCACCGCCCUUGUUAAAGAUUUUCAAGGCGUAGCAUAGAGUAGUGUUGCUCGGGAGGAAUUAGAAAGAUAUAUUUCAACUAGCGCAUGGUUCACUAUCAUAUCACUGCUUCUUGUUUCGGUUGUGUAAAAAUGGUUUUUAAUACAGCCUUUGCAUACCAAAAAUACAUUAUUGUAUAGGAAGACGAUAAGUUGUAUCAUAUCCCCACAACACACUGAAUAAAAGAAUGGUGUUUGUAGAUGGAUAAGAUGUUGGUAGAUGGGAGUUGCAUUAAAGUCCUGUGCAUGGAGUAUUUGAUCGGAAGUUCUGCAAGAGUUUCAAAAAGGAUGAUGUCUACACGAUGAAGGGUUUGCAAUAUAUGACU